AUGGCAUUUCUACAUGGCGGUGUUGGUAACAGGCCCACAGAGAGCAAUUUAGCAACCCUAAAUGCUCUGAAUCCUCUGAUAUCUCUCCCCCCAACAACCCCGGUUAGUCAGAGUAUAAAUCUGACUGACGAUUUUCCCACGACUUCCCACACGCCACAAGAAGCAACAAGAGCAAGCAAACGACCAGCACCAUGCACAGAAUUGUUUGCCGCAAACAGAAGUGGAAAUCGCAUGAACAGGGAUGUAGCAGAGCUGAUGCUCUUGAAGCAGUUGAGUGACACUGAUGCUUCAUACAAAAAGAUGGCAGAGGAUGAAGAUGAUGAAGAUUUGUUAUAUUGUCGGAGUCUGGUUCCCAUUCUGAGAGGGAUGCCAAAUAAGAAGAAGAGGCUGGCAAAAAUUAAAAUCAACCAGUUGUUGUUUGACAUUGAAUACAAUGAUGACAAUGUUGUUUAG